CUCAGGUAUGAGGAAGCAGAAGUGCGGAAACAGCUGGAAGAGAAAGAGAGAAAGGAGGAAAAGAGUCGACGAGAAGAAAGAAUUGAAAAAGAUGGCCGAGCUUCACCAGAGAAGAAGGACAAUAAGAAGCAGGUUAAAGAGGAGCCCAAUAACAGUAAGACUGGCUGUGAUAAAGGAAGCGUCAGCGCUAAGGAUCUGUUCCAGCUGAUGAAGGAUCCCAGUAUAAGUGUGCUGGUGAUGGACGCGCGGCGCAGACAGGACUUCGAGGAGUCUCAGAACUUUUUGGUGACGGUGAACCAGAUCCAGCUGAAGCUCCCGGCAGAGUCUCUGGAGGACUGGAAGCGCCGCGGCUUCGUGGAUUACGUGGUUCUGCUGGACUGGUUCAGCUGCGUCUCUGAUCUCAAACUGGGCACCACUCUACAGAGUCUGAAGGAUGCUCUCUAUAAGUCACUCGUGUAUAUGAAUAUUGAAUACUCUCGUGUGCUGCUAAUGCUCAGGGUGACGGUGAAUCAGAUCCAGCUGAAGCUCCCGGCAGAGUCUCUGGAGGACUGGAAGCGCCGCGGCUUCGUGGAUUACGUGGUUCUGCUGGACUGGUUCAGCUGCGUCUCUGAUCUCAAACUGGGCACCACUCUACAGAGUCUGAAGGAUGCUCUCUAUAAGUGGGACAGCAGCACGAUCCUGCGCAGUGAGCCUCUGGUGCUGGAUGGAGGAUAUGAUAACUGGCUGCUCUUUUACCCAAUGUACAGCAGCAACGCUAAAGUCAAACCCCCCCGACAGCAGACGGCCAGCAGCCUGCCCCAACUGAACUUCUCGUACCCGUCGCUGGAGGAGCCCGAAGCCGUGAGUGUGUGUGAGGAGCCUGCAGACGCGCAGCUGAAUGGCAGAACCGUGGAUCCGGAGCCGGCUGUAAACACCCCCGCGCCGCUCACACAGCCCACAAUAACAGACGCCGCCGCCGCCGCCUCGCCCCGACACACUCCACAGGUCGACCGCUCCAAAAAACCAGCCGUCAAACCGGCAGCGAGCACAAAGCUCAGCGAGGAGCCCUCGGUAAGCGAUGGCCCCGCGGCACACAACGGCCCCGUGGUGCCC